AUAAGCAUAGAGCGCAUAACGUCUCGCGCGCGGAGGUGGAGCGAUCGGUGGAGAGCGAGUCUCCUCAACUCGACUGGCACACUCACUCUACACACACUCUCGUACACACACUUGGUGGAGUAAAAGCAGCGGGCCCGCGCCGCGCAGUGUUGGUGUCCCGACGAAACGGCCGGUUGGUUCGGCCUGGAGGAUGUUGAGUGGCCCUGGCUGUCGGCUCACCAGCAGCAGCACUCCUUCCUAACAUCACCCUGGAUCUACCGCCUCCGAGGGCGAGGCCGUUGAGCGAGCCGCCGACGACAUGCCUGCCGCCGAAGAGCAGACCGCCCCCGAGCGGCCGCCGCGGCCGCCGCCGCCGCCUCACCGUCGACGCAGCAGGCUCAAGUGACAUUAUGUUGGUGCUGGUGGUGCUGCUCGGCGGCCUGCUGACGACGGCCUCGGCCCUCGCCUCAUCGCCAGCUCCAGCGUUUCCAAGACCACACAUCGACCUUUUUGAGGGCUUAUCAACGCACAAUUUAAGUGAAGCUAUUCCCGGUGUAAAUUUAGCCCUAGGACCUCAUAGUACUGGAACUGCAAUUAAUUUUGAGGGAACUGAUAGAAAAUUUCGCCUUCCCCAGUCAGUAUUCUCCAAAGUGGUAGACUUACUUAGUAAUAGUCCAGAAUUCACGUUGACACUGUCUUUGCUGCAAAGGGUGGGCAACGUUGGCAGUAUUUUUUCUUUGUCAAAUGGCUCAAACAGCUACUUGGAGCUGCAGUCGAGUGGCUACAAAAAAGAAGUGCGUUUACACUACACCCACGGGGGCAGGACUUUUGUAGAAUCGUUCCAAGUUCACUUAGCGGACGGUGUGUGGCACAGACUAGCCUUGUGGGUCAGCGGGGCCCAAGUUGAGUUGUUAGUGGACUGUAAACACCACUUCAAGCGAGUGCUACACGCGGCGCCCGACAGAAACUUUUCCAACGCGUCCUCGCACCAAAGUGAUAGUGAGUUCGGAGACCAACUCGCGUUAUGGCUGGGCCAGCGAUACGUCAAGCACUCACUUUUUAUGGGCAUCCUGCAAGAUGUACGCGUGGUGGCUGGUCCCCAUGGGUACCUUAGUCAGUGUCCUAGAGUGGAUUCGGUCUGUCCAACCUGUGGUCAGUUCCAAAUUCUGCAAGCCACCGUUGAGGACCUCACGGCGCGCGUCAACCAACUUGUACAAAAAUUGGAAGCCACCGAGGCGAGAAUAAAUAAGGUGGAGGAGUGUGAUUGUCAAAAGUCCUGUAGAGUAAACGGCUCUGUACAUUCUGAUGGUGCUACUUGGCAGAGAGACUGCGAUUUGUGUUCAUGUGUGAAAGGUGAUGUGCAGUGUCGUCGUGUGCAGUGUCCUGAAACAAAGUGUAAAAACCCAGUCGUCGCUCCCGGCGACUGCUGUCCAAGUUGUCUCAAGCAGUGCUACUUUAAGGGAGUUUUUUACGACCACGGCGAGCAGGUCAACAACGAAAAACAGUGCGUCGAGUGUCAAUGCGAGAACGGAGUGCUCAGGUGCACCCGAAUUGACCCCCGCACAAUGUGUCCCGAGCUGCGAUGUCCCCCCGAGCAGCAGUUCAGUGUGCCCGACAAGUGCUGCAAAUACUGUCCUGGGACGGAUUACUGCGCCAAAGGACAUGUUUGCCAUCCAAAUGCCACUUGCCUCAACCUGCAAACCGAGUACUCCUGCCAAUGUAACGUUGGUUUCCACGGCAAUGGCCGCGUCUGCAAAGACGUGGACGAGUGCAGGGAGAAAGGCGGCCGUUUAGGCCACUACUGCGGCCUCAACACGAUCUGCAGGAACGUGCAGGGAUCGUACAAGUGCGAGUGUCUGCCCGGCUACAAACGGGUGGACGCGUUCAACUGCCGCGAGCACGACGAGUGCAGCUCCGGGGACCACAAGUGCCACCCGCACGCCACCUGCGCCAACACCGAGGGCAGCUACUCGUGCCACUGCAACCCAGGCUAUGCCGGCGACGGAUUCAUCUGCCACCCCAUGUGCAACCAGACGUGCCAGAACGGCGGCGUGUGCGUGGCGCCGGACGAGUGUUCGUGCCGGCGCGGCUUCGCAGGGCCGAGCUGCGAACGGGACGUGGACGAGUGCGCCCUGGGAAUCGCACAAUGCCACGAGGCGGCCACCUGCGUCAACCAGCCUGGCUGGUAUUACUGCACUUGCAACCCUGGAUACCGUAGUGCCUCCAGCAAUAUUGGUCCUGUGUGUUUAGAUGAGGAUGAGUGUGCGAUGGACAAAUCGACCUGCCAUCCAAGUGCACAGUGCAUCAACACAGAAGGCAGUUAUCAAUGUUCCUGCGACGGUCACGGGCCUCAGUGCUCCUUGAGUUGCAUAUUUAACGGGGUGGAAGUGGCGGACGGCGGGCAGGUGACCAGCAAGUGCGAAAGGUGCAGGUGCGAGGCGGGUCGGAUGGUUUGCCAGCGGCCGGCCUGCGACUGCUCAGACCCCAACGUCAACCACGACUGCUGUCCCGUGUGCGACGAGGUCACCCAGUGCCAACACCAGGAGCUGUCCAACGUCAUUUUCCGCGCCGGCGAACAGUGGCUCUACAAAUGCCAGACCUGCGAGUGCCUCAGAGGGGAAAACGGUGCUCAGAUUGACUGUUGGAAGAUGGACUGCCCGCCGGUGCAGUGCGAGCACCCGGUGAUCACCCCCGACGACUGCUGUCCGCGGUGCGAGGACGACCCGUGCACCCUUUUCGAGGGCAACAACACGGUGCCGGGACAACCGUGUCCUUAUGCGGGACACUACGUCGUCAGCGGCAGCGAGUGGCGCAUCGCUGGCGACAAUUGCACUUCGUGCCGGUGUAAAGUGCCGUACUGCGACCGUCUGGUGAGCAAUAGCGCGUUUUGUGUGCAUCGGAUGGACGGCUCGGCUGCAGUUAUGGCAACCAGUGCGUUGGUGCUGCUAAUCUCGUGGACGACAGCGUCCGGCAGCGCCCCCAGCCGCCCCCGGCCCUGCCACGGCAGCCCCCAACACCGCAAACACUGGCUGGUGCGAGCGCCGGUGACCCCCGAAGACCGACCGACGCCCCUUCUUCGGCCGCGCCGCCGACGCCGGGUGGCAGAUAAGGCGGAGCGACACACCCUCAGCAGGCCUCUGACCCUCUGAGAGCAAAUAUUUAUUAUAAUUAUGUACAUUAUAUUUAUUAGAAGGGGUGAAGCCUUCAUUCCAACAGACUGAUUAAUAUGUAAAAUUAAUAUUAAAAAAAUUAAUUAUAUAUUUAAAAUUUCUGAAAUGGGGAGGGUGCCGCGAGGAAAAUUGUUUCUUUUGCUAAUUUGAAUUUGAGAUCCGUCGGCAUCGUCCGAUUUCAGAACGAAUUAUCGAAGAGGAUGAAACUGCCUGAAAAUCAUAUUUCACGUUUUUAUAAUCCUGUGGAAAUUUGUGUGGUUGCCUCAUCUUCCCAGAUCUGGAAAAUGAAUUGUGAUUUUUAGGGGGCUUUCAGUCCCAUUUAAAAAUUAUGAAAAAAGAAGUCAACUUUGAAAUUACAUUCCUCUCUUUCUCUUUCUGAUAAAUAAAGUCAGUUUUAAUCUUGCGAAAGAAUACUUUUGCAGGUGCGUCGUUGGUCGAGGGACGCGUACAAUUUUAAUUACUCUUUAAUCAAAUUAAAAAAUUUUGACGCAUGGAGUUUUCAAUCGAUGAACUACUUGCAAGAAUAAGACUUUGAGCGUUUCGAGGCAGCGGAAUUUGACAAAGCCACUAGUCAAAUUUGUGAUUAGUCAAAUUGACUUCCAGCGCUAAAAUACCACAUGUGUAAAAAAUAAAAUAUUAUUUAUUCGUUUGAUUGAUUUUUCUGCGGUGAGAUUAAAAAAGUAAAAAACUUGAUCCGCUUUGGCGGAAUUCACACCACUUAGUACUCUAGGCCUUCACGAAAAAAUGUGGAAAUCGUUUGCCUGCAAUUUAUGUCGCUCUACGAAAAAAAAAUCCAAAGUGUCUUCCUAACGAACAGUUAACUAUGUGACAGAAAUCGAUAUCAUGAACGUUUUCUUUUCAAAAACUAAGAAAGAGGAAAAAGAUCGAAUUUGUCCAGCGAAUGGCUAUAUCUACCAAAAUAAACUUGUUCAUUCUAUUUCAAAAGAUGGAAGUAAAAAAAAACUGUAACCCUCUAUUAUAUUAUCAUUGACUGAAAAGCGUUGAACCGAUCGUGAAGGAAAGCAAGAAAUAUCAUUUCUGACGAGGAAACCGCAGGAACGCACAUCUUAUUGAUUCAAUUGGAUUAAAAAUCAAAAUAAAUAAUUUUCAAAAUUCCGUUCAGUGCUGACACUUGGGAAAAGCUGCCUAGAGAGUAAGUAGUCAAUAAAAUUACUCAAACUCAAAGUAAAUUUUGAAACAUUUUAGUGCAUAGUGUUGAAAGAGAGACUUUCGCUGCAUAUCCAAAUUAUUAUCUGUUAGGGUCAAUUAAAAGCAACUUUGGAAAUUCAAAACAGCCUCCUGUUUUUCGGCGAAACUAUAAAAUAAAAUUGUUGGAGAGCACAAAGUAAAUAAAAUUGUGCAGCGCAAUGGUCGUGAUGCAUUUUAUCAAUAAAUUAUCUGCUUCAAACAAAUCGACUUUUUUGAAGAAAACAAAAAAGAACCUCACGCCAGAGUUAACGAAAAGAGAAUCACAGAAAACGAAUCACUACUUAUCAUGAUCUAGUCCAUCAGAGCUAUUGGCCUCUGAUCUCUGACAAAGUAUUAAGAGAGAAAGACACUUCUGAUGUAUUGUUGCAAAAAUAAUAACCACUCCAAGUUUGGUUUUCUUCACAGGCCUACUACUUAAGAGAAUAAAAAAACACCAUGUAUCAAAUAAAUAAAAAAAAAAUCCUGUCUGUAAAUAAUGACGAUUCUUCUUUCCGAGUUGUAAAUAAGUAAGGGAAAAUGAUGUAAACCAGAGAGUUACGAAAAAAUUAAAAAAUAAAAUAAAAAGUAGCUGGUUCAAAGAGUUACUUCUUAUAUGAAAUUAUACUGGUUCAUUCAUUCUCAUGCACUGUAAAGAAUUAUCCGCGCGCAGGCCAUUUACAUACAAAGCAGCCACACACUCCAGCGAACAAUCGAAAAUGAAUGAACAAAAAAGUCGAAGAGUCUCGAAUAAAAAUAAUAAACUUUAGGUUCGUCUCCAUGUUGGUUGGUUUUUAAGGUUUUUUAUUCACGAGCGGAGGAUCUGAGUUUUAGUCACUUGACAUGUGCAGACCUUUUGGUGUAACAAGAUGUAAUGUUUAUCAUCGCCUUUGUUGUAAAAAGAAUGUGUGCCAAUUAUUAUUACUAUGAAUAAAACAAAAAGAGUAAUAGA